CAUACCCACGCAAUGCCGAUGUUUCCCAAAUACCUUGAGGAUAAUGGCACGGAAGAGGCGUCAAGGCAGCAUCAACCAGGGUCUGAAUAUCCUCCUGGAGACGAUCGGCGUCGAGCCUUCUUCCAAAGAGGGUACUGCUUUCUGUACGGAACAUUGAUGGAUCCACAGACGCUUUGUCGAGUCUUAAAAUUGUCAAGGCCAGAGCCCGUAAUGCGCCGUGCUAAAGUUGUAGGAUAUGAGACUAAGUUGUGGGGGCCUUACCCUGCUCUUGUUGAUGGAGAGCCGCUUUGUUCGGUUGAUGGUAUGGCGUGUGAGAUCUUUUCACGGACGCAGCUUGAUCGGCUUGCGGAGUAUGAAACAGACAAGUAUCGUCUAAGAGCAUGUCUGAUACAGCUUUUGGAUGAUGAUGAUGAGACUGUCAAAACUGUCGAAGGGGUUACUUCCAUGUGGGAUGGACGGCACGAGGAGCUACGAGAGGGUACAUUUGAUCUAAGAGAAUGGAAAAAGGAAAACCAGUUGCGAGAUUUAGAUUGA